AUGCUGACCUCCGCUCAGCCCCCUUCCAAGAUCUUAGGAGUCUCGCCACGUCUAUCACUGACAGCGAUUUCCUCGCCCCGAAUAGAGCAACGGCUAAGCCAUACUCCGGCAGGUUCCACGCUACCCCUGAAGUACAGGCUCCCACUACAGUCAUGGGAUAGUCAUAUGCACGUCGUGGAGCCGCAGCAGUUUCCAGUCUCGAAAGCAGCAGUAUAUCAGCCUUCAGUCCACACAUUAGCUGAUGCUCUCGCGUUUGAGUCUACCCUCGGUUUGGAGAACCUCGUUUUUGUUCAGCCCUCGAUCUAUGGCACCGACAACUCAUGCCUUUUGGCCGCACUAGCCAAACUUGGCCCAUCUCGAGGUCGUGGAGUUGUAGUAGUUGACCCUGCAUCUAUUCAGUCUGAGACACUCGAAGAGUGGCACAACCUUGGAGUUCGUGGCUUACGAGUGAAUCUUCAGUCUGUUGGCAAAGUGAUGGAGGAGUCUGAGCUAGAGGAGACAUUACUUCGACAUGCUGAUAUUGCCCGACCCCGGAACUGGAUUGUUGAGGUCUAUCUUCCAUUAAAAAUGAUGCCCAUGCUUGAAUCUAUUGCGCCUCGUCUCGGCGUUACACUUUGCAUCGACCAUUUUGGCAGUCCCGAUCUCUCAUCCCUUCCAGAGAACCAAGAGGGCAUUCCCUUCGACCCGUAUACACUUCCUGGUUUCCAGUCCUUGACUUCUCUGCUCCGGACAGGAAACAACUACAUCAAAAUAUCUGCCCCGUAUCGACUUACCAAUGACCGAACACAGUCCCAACUGAAGGCUAUGGCUCAUGAAUUCCUAACUGCUGCCCCGGACCGAGUGAUAUACGCUACAGAUUGGCCACAUACGCGCUUUACAAACAUCGACAUUAGUCCCUUCACUGAGUGGUGCUUGGAUCUAUGUGCGAAUGUGCCAGGAAUGGCUGAAAAGCUCUUUAGAAGGAAUACAGAGAGGAUGUUGGAUGUGAACUCUCCUAGUAGCUGA